GGGGAGCUGUGUAUCGGGUUUGCGGUAAUGUUCAGGCUCGCGAAUCUCUACAGCAUAUGCGAGUAGACUCUCCAACUGUUCACAUACCUAUAAACAUAGUUUUACCUUCUGUGAGUUUCUGUGAGCUUAACAAAGACGGAGAUAGAAAUGCUGUGGUGUAUAUAUACUACUUGUAUGGACAGCACAUGAUGGUGCACAUGGAAUAAAUCAACCGAUGAGUGAAUUUGCAAAUGCUGUUCCCGCCUAAAUGUUUUGUUUGUGGAUGAACUACGGCCGUUCAGCCGUUCUGGAGUUUAGUGUGCAUGGACUGACAACUAUCGGAACUAUAAUAUGAUUGUACUACCGUCCACCUCCAACUUGAUACAUGGAUUGAAUUUUUGUAACACCAUCUGAAGGCACCCACUCUCGGCCAGACACCGGCUGUGUACAACAGACAGCAUACUACCCCAAAGUGUUUGGGAAAAUUCUGUCCGUUGCUACCGCUAUGGUGAACGACAUACGCUACUUUUAUACGGCACUCAUCUGAAACUGUACGGAUUGAAUUUUUGGAUAAAAUUUGAAUUGUCUUUACUAAAUGAGGUUGAACCAAGCAUUGGAUGAUUGACAACCACCUGUUACCGAGGCUGGUGUUCAUUAAUGCACGAGUCGUGCCAUUCACCUUGGAGGUUGACUAUAGUAACUUUGUAUUCGUGUGUUCGACCCCGCCACCCCCGGGACGAGACGACAACCCCCAGAAGCAAUUUGGCAACAGCUGGGACAAAAUCAUUUUCAAUUUAUUUCAAAAUUGAUAUGAUGGCGGAUUAUAAAAAAGAGUAUUAACAUCGGGAGCGAUUUGCAGAAAAUUAUAUCGAAAUCCUAAAGAUAUUAAAACAAGAAGAAGGUGGAGGUUUGAAUCGUCUGGAUUUAUUUAAAUGACCGUUUGCUGACGGAGGCGGGGGACAGUCUACUCAUCACGGAAUACCGUGUAUGGGGAUUACAGUGAAAAGUGCGCCAGACCCUAGGCUAACUUUGGAGGGAAUCACUACAGAUACAAGAAGGGUGCUUACUCCCUCCGUUACCAUCGCAUCGCUAAUGAGCAUCAGAGGGAUGGAUUAAAAAGGAUGUGACAGGAUAACAACAGCUUUUCUGAACGACCAGAUAUUUCACAGAUAUUAAAAAAUGUUUUAUAAUAGAUGUAAAGCAGGCUUGACACGUUCUUCACGUUGAAACAUGUUGGAUCUGACAUUCGUAGUGAUUAUAGUACCGUGUGAUAAUGUAUGGCCGAGCCUUGAAUAUUAAAACCCACCACUUCUCUUCAUAAAAAGCGUCAAGUCAGCUUAAUUAUAACGGCUAGAAAUAUUCACAGCUCCCGGUGAGCGAAACGUGGACGGGAAACUAAAAAUCACUCUUCGAUGAACGUGACGUGGUUUAGAAUAAAAAUGAGAGCAACGAAGAUAGAAAGUGCAGGUCACUGUUGAUUCUCUUUGAUGAGGUAGAAAUAUAUUGCAAUUCAUCACAUGUUUUCUAACGGAGGUGUGAGUGAAACUGACGGCGCAUAAUUCCCCACUGGCACGGUGAGUUUUUCUGUUGGAUCUGUUUGUUCGCAAUUUAACAAUGUGUGGGUGCCUAUCGUUUGGAUGAUAUAGGAACCCAGGAUAUCUCUAAAAUAAUGGCAUUCUACGUAACAGUGGGCUUGGCUGCUGAGAUACCUAUCGCCAUCUUGGCAGCGUUCGGCAACGCGCUGGUCUGCUGGGCCGUACACCACAACCGACGUCUCCGCAACGUCACCAAUUACUUCAUAGUGUCUCUAGCCGUUGCUGAUCUUCUAGUAGGUCUUCUAGCCAUACCUUUCGCACUUCUAACCAACGCCGGUGAGCCAAAGAAUAGUUUUCACCUGUGCCUGUUUAUGAAUUCCUUUGUGGUGACGCUGACGCAGAGUUCUAUACUCAGCUUACUCGCCAUAGCGCUGGACCGAUACUUCGCCGUGGUAUCGCCGUUGAGAUAUCGGCGCGUCGCUACUGCACGGCGCGCUAUAGUCGUCAUCGUAUGCACGUGGCUGUUAGCUUUCAUCAUCGGCAUGGUGCCGGUAUUCGGCUGGAAUCUCGGCCAUCCUUCAAACAAAACAUUUGAUUGUGUGUUUACGGACGUCAUUGACAUGCAGUACAUGGUGUAUUUCAACUUUCUGGGCUCCGUGCUACCGCCGUUGCUCAUCAUGCUCUUUGUCUACGUUAGAAUCUUCCGUGUUGUCAGGAAACAACUGGCGGCCAUAUCGCGGACCAUGGUGGCUAGUAAUGACGAGAUGACUCGACAAUUGUCAGCACUGGCCGUAAAGGAGGGACGAGCUGCCAAAUUACUCGCCAUCGUCAUCAUCCUAUUCGCUGUCUCCUGGCUACCCCUCCACAUUGUCAACUGUCUUAUCCUUUACCAAGUCCACGUGGAAUAUUACAUUCUUCUUGUGACGAUUAUUCUCUCGCAUUCCAAUUCGGCAAUGAACCCGAUUGUGUAUACGCUAAGUAACCGUGAAUUCAGGCGUACUUUUUACCGUCUCAUAUUCAAGGUGAUAUUACGUGGUGUUGUGUCGAUCAGAAGCUGCGAGCCGGAUCGCAUUGACGAGUUCACUGGAGGCUACACGAGUGGAUCACAGUUCCAUCACGUCCGCAAUGGCGUGAAUUCCAAGGACACGCCCAAAGGGACGCCCCUCCCUCUCAAGAAGUUUAGUCAUGAAUCUAAAGGAGGUGACCACCGCCUUUGAUUGUUACUGACGUCACUCACGAGUAUUUAUUUAUUAGGGUCCUAAAUAUCCAUAUUCGGUUUUUAUACUAGACUUGUACAUAAUACUGCAAAAUAAGUUUAUAAUUCCAUCCAUGUUGAAGGUUUGGGUUUUGUAGUAAUUUUUUUUUAAUUAAUUGAGUCUGUUCUGAUAAGUUCACUGUGAACCAGUCCGUUCGUUUCCAUGGCAACUAAUUAAUUGGCCAAUCCAGCACGUCGAUUUGUGAUGUCACGUCACCAUUACUUGCACCUAUUUAUAACAAUUGUAUAGAGUGCGAUUUAAAACACGUUCGAAGAAAACUGUUUGUACACAAUGUGAGAAAAUAUGCGACACAGCAGUGACUUUAUAAAAUGUGAAGGUUUUGGCUCGUGUUUUCAGAGUGUCGAGAGUUAAAACUUCCAACAGGCUUAUUCUCGAUGGGGAUUCGAACUCCACAUUAAAUAAUAAUAAUGAAAAUUUAUAAGGCGCCGGUAUCCGCCAUGGCUGACGCUCAUGGCGCACUAACAAAAAGAAACGAAAGAAAAGAAAAGAACAACAAAUUAAUCACAAAAACGUGAGGAAAACAGGUGGGUUUUUAAGCAGGAUUUAAAUACAGUCAAUGAAGAAGACUGACGAAUGUCAAGGGGUAGAUUGUUCCAGAGUUUGGGAGCAGCAUGUGAAAAGGACAUUGUCGACGUUUCGUCUGAAUCUUUGGUGAUUAUUGUGCAAUCACCUUUUUCUGUGGAAAUCUUUCCUGCUGAAAUGAAGUCAUAAUCCAGAAAACUGAUUCUGAAAAUCAUAAACAAGUUAAGGACAAUUUGUGUUCCAUGCUGAAAACUGCGCGUUAUUUUUCGCUAUUUUCUUCACAACGGGAUAUAAGCCCAACAUUUCACUCUUUGUUAUUUCAUGUAGAUGUUUGAUCACACCAAACACGAACUCUGUCUGUCUAGUCUGUCUUUGAUUUUUUUUUGUCAGGUCCACCAAUCCUGUAUAAAACCCUUAAAAACUUGGAUUUCGCAAUCAGUAAGAUCAUCGAAACUAAAUGUUAAUGGCCAACAUGACCAUCUCAACACCAAGCAAGGGCGUGUAAAUCCUAUAUUCAAUUUGGCCAUAAUGAUGCACGUGCAAUAUGAAUUACAAAUCUGUACAAUAUUUCAAUACAGAAAACACUUAAAAAUCUGCAACGUAGUUUAGAAAUAUAAGACUGUGCAAGUCUCGCGAAUGUCCCAACCAGUUACUUUUAUUAAGAGUAAACGCGAUUCUGCUUGUUCAAAUAAUUCAGUUUUACCGUGUUUGUGGCUGUGCAAUUUGUAUCAUGAUUGUGUGGGGAGUGAAUAUUUUGGCCAUUAACUAAUGUGAAUCAGAAAAUAAAUUUAACCAAAUCAAUAAAGAAACCCUGAUGUAAGACUUGAUCUCUGUUUUCGGUUACUUGUGAACAAUUAAGAAUUUUGCCCAACUGACGUUCAUGUUAAAAUUAAGCCUAUGUGAUGGUUAAUACACGCAUUUUGGGCGUGAUUAGCAAAAUGGGGUUUCUUUAAAAUAAAAAAGGCUAUCUCUUCCAAAGUUAGUAUUUAGUUUCAAUGGUAUACUUUAACAAUAAUUUAUCAGUAUUAUAUAAGCAUGGCAUUUUCUUAAUAACAAAGUGCAUUAUUGUGUCUAAAUGUCAUGUGAAAAGUAGAUUUGAUAUAAACAGAAACAAAAACCUCGUUUCUCGCUUUCGAUACGCGCAAGACCUGCACAGUUCAAACAAAAGGUCCCUCCAACUUGAAGUGUUUGAAUAGUUUGAUGAAGUGAUUUCCCUAAAGUCUAAAGGAAAAAUUUCAUUAUUCCUACUAGUUAUCAGUUUGUUCUUAGAGCGACAUGCUUGUCUACACGCAAUUUCCCUCUUAAGAGUCACAGUCAGCCGCCGUGAGCUCGCUUGACCUUGCUUGACCUUGCUUGACCUUACUGGACCUCACCACUCUUGAUUCCAUAGCAUUUUUGUUAAUGAAACAUUAUCACUACUGGGGUCAAGUACGGAGCUCUUGAAGUACCAUCAAACUUUUUGACAUUCUGAGAUAAUAAUUGUAUUGCAGGGUUGAUGACACCAUACAUGCAAGAACUUGAAUGUAGAAAGUCGUCCUUCAAAUAUAUAUGAUCUCUGGGUGGCAAUAUCCUGAAAUAGGGUUUUGUCUUCCCAAUAUAAUGUAUCUUUGAAUCUCGCCAAAUUUGAGGAUGUUACCAUCCCAUAUGAAUUAAUCACACGUUCAGGAUGUCGACACCCCGAAUUAAUUGGUUCCUUAUAUGGUCGGCAUCUUACUUUCAUGAUGUCGACAUGUAAGGGUAAACUCUAUCAUAAGGACGACAUCUUACUUUGGGUGUUGUCAUUGAAAUAAGCUAGCAUGUCGACAUCUCACUCAUAUUACCACCUUUGGGAUGUCCUUAUCCACUCUCUUAGUGUCGUCAUCUUACGUUUAUGACGUCGUCAUCCUACAGUAAAUUAUUUCAUAAUCCCAAAAUGUCGGAUGGUGUUUCCAGAGCUCCGUAUUCAAGCUAAACCGUUGCUAAAACGAUUGCCAUAUUUUUUGAAUUUACCGAAAUAGUUAAGCUUUGGUGAUUUCGAAUUGAAAAACACGUUAAUGUUGGCAGGAAUUGUAUUUUUGUUCUUCCCAUGGUUUGAAAAAAAAACAUUUAAACAAAACAUUUACAUUUAUCAUCAAUUUUAACAAAAUCUUACCUGAAAUUUGCACUGGUUAAUUUUUUUUUGUAAAGAGUUAUUUGUUGAGAGUACAGCGUAGAGUGAAUGGGUAUAUUCUCUUAAAGGCACUGUGGACACUUUUGGUAAUAACUCAAAAUAAUUGUUACCAUAAACAA